UACGUUUUCUGCUGCAGCCUAAAAUGUACUUCGGCUAAAUUUACGAAAAAACAUCGCAGCUGAGCACCGAAUCAACAAACUUUAGUUCAAAGAGUUGCGCAUUAAACGCGCAAAACUUCUUGCGCUCGCAAAGUUGCAGGAAGUUUGCAGGAAGUCUGCUCGUUAGAACAUUCUUUGAGGGAUUUCAGAAGGGGUUUACUCAGAUUAGUCUCUGUGCUUUUUCACGUGAAAGAGCCUUUAUAAGGCGUCAUUUUGUUGGAGACGGUGGUGCGCCAAACAACAACGAAAGGAACUUUUGGUGCAAAAGUUUAAUUUGCGCAUUUUCAACAUGGCAGCGUAUACAUUACCGGAGGGAUUCACGGAGUUUGAUAUGUUUACAUUCGGCACAGCGCUUCUUGUUGGGGGCAUGCUUGGAUUCUUUCUCAAUGCCAUCAGCAUCGUGUCUUUCCUCACAGUGAAGGAGAUGAGGAAUCCCAGUAACUUCUUUGUCUUCAAUCUUGCUGUGGCUGACCUCUGUUUGAAUAUCAAUGGACUCACAGCUGCGUAUGCAAGUUACCUCAGAUAUUGGCCAUUUGGUCAAGAUGGAUGUGCCUAUCAUGGUUUUCAAGGGAUGAUAGCCCUCCUGGCAUCCAUGAGUUUCAUGGCUGCCAUCGCUUGGGACAGAUAUCAUCAGUACUGCACCAGACAGAAGCUCUUCUGGAGCACAACUCUGACGAUGAGCGGCAUCAUCUGGAUUCUUUCCAUCUUCUGGGCUGCUGUUCCUCUCAUGGGAUGGGGCGUCUAUGACUUUGAGCCAAUGAGGACUUGCUGCACGCUGGACUACACCAGAGGGGACAGGGACUAUGUGACCUUCAUGCUGACUCUGGUGGUGCUCUACCUGAUUUUCCCAGUUUUCAUCAUGGUUUCGUGUUACAACUCCAUCCACAAGCACUUUAAGAAAAUCCAUCACCACAGGUUUAACACCAGUGUGCCUUUGAGGGUAAUGCUGAUGUGCUGGGGCCCUUACGUCCUCAUGUGUAUCUACGCCUGCUUUGAGAACGUGAAGCUCGUAUCUCCCAAGCUAAGAAUGGUGCUUCCAGUUGUUGCAAAGACAAAUCCUAUCUUCAACGCUCUCCUCUACUCAUUUGGAAAUGAGUUCUAUCGAGGCGGCGUGUGGCACUUCCUCACCGGACAGAAGAUUGUUGAUCCAGUUAUUAAGAAAUCAAAAUAAAAGGAAACUCAAAACGCUCUUGCAAAUGACAAUAAAUACAAUGCCAGCAAUAAAACUUACAAAUACAAUGAUUUGUUUAAACAUCUGUACAGUUAGAAUAUUUUCACAAGUGGACAGUAACUUGGGACAAUCUACAUUUGGAGCUUCAUGUUGGAUUUGUGUAAAUCUACAAAACAUGUGCUGCAUGUAAUUUAUCCACUUUGAAAUGACUGCAUUUGUUCUACAGCAGUUUGUCUUUAACCUGCACUGCUUCUACAUCCAUGUUAGAAAACCUACAAUAAACACAUUGUGU